GUGGUUUGAAACUGCCAUGUCUCCCGGUGAGUCGAGCCUGCAGGUCCCUCCGGGUCUCGAGCUGUACCUGAAGGAGAACCGUCUCGCCACGUUCACCCAGUGGCCCUUCGUCUCCGACUGCUCCUGCACUCCGGACAGGAUGGCAGAAGCUGGAUUCAUUCACUGUCCUAGUGAGAAUGCUCCUGAUGUGGCACAAUGUUUCAUAUGCUUUAAAGAAUUAGAGGGAUGGGAACCUGAUGAUGACCCUAUGGAAGAGCACCGUAAGCACUCCCCCAAUUGUGCAUUUCUUGCUCUCCAGAAAGAUGUUUGUGACAUGACAGUACAGGAAUUUAUGAGACUUCGUAGAGAGAGGAUGAACAACUUGAUUGAAAAAGAAGUUAACCAGAAAAUUAACGAGAUGGAAAACUAUGCUGAUCGUAUCCGUAGUCAAAUAGACUUGUUGCGUUCAUAAACUCUGUAUAUGCCAUUGGAUGAUGUGGGUUUACUCCUUAUUGACUGUCUAAAUAGAAUUAAGCAGAGUCAGAAGUUGAAUUGCUCAAUGUCUGCUAUUCAAGUUUUUUUUUACAGUUUCUUCUUGUGGAAUUUCUUCUGAUGUAUUUCUGAAUAAAUAUUGCUUUUUAAAAAAU